AGCUCCACCAUCCUCUCUUAUAAGUGCACAUGGCGGUAGGUUUUGGCUUGUAACCCACCGAACCUUUCUCGGAACCACUUGAACAUCUGGUCAGAGCAACUCUCACUCACUUGAGUGCUCGAUCAUGUUCUUCACUCGCUCAGUACUGGCUUCCGCCGCCAUCCUCUCCUUUUCUGCGAUCACCGAAGGCUCGGUUCUGCAUCGUACGACCGAGGAGCAUAUCGAAGUGAAGAAUGUCGCCGCCGACGAGGCUCAGGGCGCGUGGACUUGGAGGAGUCUUUUUGGAAAGAGACAGGAUCUGAUCUUGGACUGCCCCAAUGACCAGUUCGCAGCCCUUCUCGACCACGCCCCGAACAACGACGUGCAGGGCUUCUGCAAUGACUGGCUCAACCUUGACGCAACGACCGUGACCACUGAGUUCACGCCUACAGUCACGGUCACGACUAGCGCAUCCGAGACCACUACACAGACAACAACCCAGCGCACUGUUUUGACCACAACUGUCGUCGAAUCCACGACAAUAACUGCUUCGGCAUCCGUCCGCCGCCGCAUGGUUGCCGCUGCUGCUCAGAUUGAGUCCAUUGCCUCGUCCAUCGUCGAAUCCGUGAUUGCUAGCGGAGCACCAGCUUCGACCGCCGAGGCUACUAAGAAAGGAGCCGCCAGACUGGCCGCUGAACGGGGGCUGGCAACGGCUUGCUCGUGCAAGCAGGUGCAGCCCACAUCUACCGUGACCGAUACCUUCACUGUUCCUGCUGUGACUACCACCGUCGGUGUCCGAGUUCUCAACAUCAUUCGACAGACUGAGACCAGGACCUACACCUCGACUGCCACUGUUCGCGAAUCUGCUACCGCUGAGGCUUCUGGCGAUGCUACCUCUGCGACGUCCAGCACGGGCUCCGUCAGCUCUCGCGCCGAUGCAGACUCCAGCUCAAGCGCGGCCGCAGAAUCCAGCGCAGAUGCAGCCAGCAGCUCAAGCGCUCCUGAAGACUCCAGCUCGUCAUCCGUCAGCAGUGCAGAGGAAUCAUUAAGCGCGCCAGCUAUCACCACCGUACCCAUCGCUCCUACGUCAGUCGAGGCUGGAAACUCGACCGCUACCGCUUCUGAGGGCGCUGUCGUUACCGCGAUUCCCUUUUCUUGCGACGAAGAUGAUGUGAACAAGGACAUCGAUCAAGUUGUUGGUGGACUUCGUCUCGGCUACUCUGUAUACUGCAACACCGAGCUCAUCAGCCAAGAUCGGGUCGGCAGGCCCAUUCCCGUCACUGACGCAACCUCUUGUGCUGCGCAGUGCUCCCUCCUCAACUCCCAGGGUGCACAAGAUGCCUGUCAGUCUGCCGUGUUCACACCCUCCAACGCGACCGAUGCGAGUACCGGUGGUACUUGCGAGCUUUUCACAGCUGCGGAAAACAGCGGGAUGCAGACUUCACCGGCCCCAGGAUCAGUUGCGAUUGUUCACACCGGCACUUUUGCCAACGGCGAUGAGUGCGCUGCUCUCAAUGCUACCACUUCCUCUAUUACCCCAACCAUCACCAAUGGUCCAAUUAUCAUCGAGACUCCUGGCCUCGUCACUCAGAGCUCUGGAGGUGGCGUUUCGCGCACUUACGUCUCAGCAAACACCACCGACGCUCAGGGAUUCGUCCACUACAGCUGGUACGAGAUUUACGCAUCGUCCGCAAACUGGUGGGCCGUUUACGAGACUUCCUGGGCCUGCUCCGCCACGCUCACGCGUACGAUCGAGCAGCCGGCUACCACGGUGAUCGAAGGCUCGACGAUAACCGCAAUUAUUGUGACUACAAUUAUCGGUAACGGGUACACAACAAUCAUCUCUGGCGAUAGCACUACCACCAUCAGAGGCGGAGGCGGCGCAGGAGGCGCUACCUUCGUCCCUGCCUCUACAACUGGUGGCGAUGCGGGUCUGACCACCUUCUUCUCCACUGCCGUGCAGGCGUCGACUGGCUCCGACGGCAUUGUUACUCCUACACCAGCACCCUCGGUUGGAGGUUCGGGUAACGUGACCGUCAGCGAGGAGUUCUCGACCUUCUUCUCCACCGGAAGCGCAGGUAUCAUCUCUCCAAGCGCAUCUGCCUCGCUCAAUGCUAGCAUCAGCGGCUCUGUCAGUGAGGAGGUUGUUGUUUCCUCCACUGCCACCACAUUGACGAUCUCCGGCGCGAACUCUACAUUCCUGUCCACCGGAGGUAAUGGCGUUGUUACCCCGACCGAGACCCCUAUCUUAGAGACAAUCGUGUCCUCGGGUGCUGCUACGCUCACUCUCAGCGGUUCAAAUGCCACUGCCGCUUCCACAGGCGGCGGUGGAGUCAUCUCCCCUUCGUCAUCCGUCUCUGCAUCAGGGAGCUCGAUUGUGUCCAGCGCCACCACUGACGAGGGAGAAUGGGACAGCGAAAACUCCUACGGGCCAAAGACUAGCGCUGUGGUUGUUGUGUCAAGUACCAUCCUCACCAUCACGUCGACAGGCGCCAGUGGCGUCGAGACACCGACGGCGGUCACUGCAGUCUCGUCCGAGACACUCAUCGUCGAGAUCAGCAACACCACGCUCUCAGGCAAUGGGUCUUUUUCUACUGCAACUUCCAUUGCGACUUUCAACUCUACAGGUGGCAAUGGCAUUGUCACCCCAACCGUUGUCACUGAAAUCAUCACGACUGCUGCGGGCGUUAGCAACUUUACAAGCAUCAUUGCCACUGCUACGGCGAAUAGCACUGGCGGUUUUGGUGUCGUUCCUCCUGAGAGCACGUUAGUCAUUACCGAGACCGCGAACUUUACCCUGCCCGUCCCCACACCCACCGGGAACUUCUCAACUGGCGGUGUCGGAAACUUCUCGACUGGAUCGGAGACAGCUUUCACGAUUUCCACAGGUGCAUCUGGUGUAAUCCCGCCAGCGUCCGCCAACUCCACCUCGACUGGGCCACCGUUCACCAACAGCGAUGAUGAUCGUACUGGUACGUUCAGCCGCUCUACAGCCACAGCCACCUCGAAUUCUACAGCCUCGAGCGGAUUCGCUACACCCUCAUCGAACCUGACAACCGCCAUCGAGACUCCCAGCACCAACACUACUUUGGUGCUUACUGUACCCCUGUCGACCGGCUUCACAUCAACAGUCGAGAUUCCGAUUAUCAACUCGACCCUCGUCUCGGAGUCUGUACCCACUCCUACCCCUACCGCUCCAGCGAAUGUGACAUCGUCUAUAACCACUGACGAGAAGGAUCGCACCGGCAGCUUCUCUCGCAGCAGUUCCAUUGGAGUGAACACUACGUCCACCCUCACUCUCCCUGUAAGCAUUGAAUCGACCACGUCCGAGAUCUCUGAGACUACACCUCUGCCUACCGUGCCUCAGACUGCUCCUACUCUGGUCGUCACUGCCACUACGAACAUUACGCUCUCGAUUCCUAGCGGAGACGUAACUUUAAUCCCGCCGACAACUCGACCCUUCGAUAACACAACGGCACCGCUACCAACGCCCACUGGGAACAUUACUUCUGAGUCGCUGGUCUCGAUCAACUACUCGACCGUGCCAUCCUUCUCGACGGGCAAUCUCUCUACCAUUCUGCCACCGCUAUCGACCAGCAACAUCACGAUCGUCGUCCCUUCACCGACUACUAAUAUCACGAUUAUUGUUGAGACACCUUUUGUGCCGUUGAACUCCACUACAGCGCCACCCCCGUCAAUCACGGUCCCCCCAGCGUCAUUGAACUCUACCUUGUCGCUGCCUAUGCAGAACUCGACUGGUCCAGUAUUCACCAACAGCGACGGCGACCGCACUGGUCGUUUCAGUCGGACACUCUCUUCUGGUGUAAUUCUGACAACUGGUACUGGCGGUUUUGGCAGCAUCACAGCCACCCCGCCGCCUUUCCCCACCGGCAACUCUACACUGCCUUUAGGACCCACGGCACCGACGGCAGAAGCAUGCCCAAGCCCGACCGAGUUUUCUACUAUCACUAGGGAGGUGAUCAUCACUACCUAUACUGUUGAGACUGUCCCCAUCAUUGCUCCUACUUGCAUCACCUCUGAUGCAGAGGCGGCAGCUCCGACAGGCUUGAACGGGACCUUCCCGACGGACGGCAGCGCCACCGAGCCUACAGAUGCCUCCGUACUUCCCUCUGCUAUAGAGAGCCUUGCAUCAGCGGUUUCGAGUCUGACAGCGAGCGAUGCCGCACCCACCACUUCUGAAGUAGCACCUGUCGUUUCAGCUAUCCUGAGCGCUGUCUCGAGCGUCGUGUCUGAUGUUACCGCCCCGGCCAGCUCGGAUGUCCUCAGCGAAGCUACAGCUGCACCCGUGUCCCGCUUCCGUCGUUCUGGCACUCUUGCCACCCAAGAACAGAUUGGUGCUGCAUGCAAGGACACUGGCAACCUCGUCCUCUCGCCCACCUUCAAUAUCCAACCCAACAACAGCACUGAGGGCUGGUUCGUCAGCCAAUUCAACCCGACUAUUCCUAUUGAAUCAGUCACUCAAGACAACGGCACCAUUGCACGAUUCCGAUCCGCAUUCCCAGGGCAGACAGUAGCGCUUUCACAGCCCUUGACUCUAUGCCCGGGCACACAGUACGAGCUGACCGCACUUACACGACAAGCGGACUCACGGAGCGGAUGCUCGGUCCAGCUCAGAAUCGGUAGCAACUCUGUUUUCACCGCGACCCCGCAGACUAGCUGGGUCUCGCGUACAGAGCGCUUCACCGCCGGUCCUGGAGCUGAGGGCGCGAGCCAGGACGUGACCCUUGUGAUGAGCUGUGCUGGCUUUGCUGGUGCUGCAGUUGGUGCGGAUGCCGAGGGAUACAUGGUUGGCGAGGUCGGCGCUGUCAGUGUGUCAGCUGAACAGCUCAGGCAGUAGGGCUUGUACGAUCGACCAUGAGUAGGAAAGACGAGAAACAGGGAGGUUGAGGGGAGAAACGGAUGGAAAUUGGUUCAACAGAUAGGGCGGCGCUCUGGAUUUGGCGCCACAGUACACUCUUACCGCUGUUGGUGCUCCCCGUAUAUUGUUAGUAUAGUUCUGACCCACGCUUUCUAGCAUCUUACGAUAGUCACGAUAUGGAUAUGAAAACGAAUGCAUGCUUUGGAUA